AUGACGGAACAACCGGUGUCAGUCCUCUUCGUCUGCCUCGGCAACAUCUGCCGCUCGACCAUGGCCGAGGGCGUGUUCCGCAACAUUGCGCAGAAGCCGCCGUACAAGGGCCUCAUCAGCAAGGUGGAUUCCUGCGGUACAGCGGCCUACCACGUUGGCGAUCCCCCAGACUCUCGCACGAUGGCGACUCUCGAAGACCACGGUAUCACGGACUAUUACCAUGCCGGUCGCAAGGUGUCGCCAUCCGACUUUAACAAAUUCGACUACAUCUUCGCCAUGGACCGAUCGAACCUGCGCGACCUUCAGAACCUCCAGCAGCGCGGCAACCCGGACUCCAAGGCCAAGGUAAUGCUGUUUGGCGAGUUCUCGGGAGGCCGGAGGCCAGAGGUCGUGGACGACCCGUACUACGGCGGCGACGAGGGCUUUUCCAAGGCCUACGAGCAAUGCACGCGGUUUUCCGGCAACUUUCUGAAGCACAUCUUCCCUAACAUCGACCCCAAGGCGUAA